UGUGUGUUGGGGAGCGGAGAGCUGAGAGAAAAGAGGGCUCAAAAUUCGAGCAGACACGUCAAAAAAAGGAGAGAGGACACCACGCCGCCGUUUACUCCUUAAGAAGGAAGAUUUGUACUUUUUUUUUUUUGACCAGCGCACCGAGCGCUGCCAGACCCCGGCUCUGCUAGCGACGGCUGGCUUCUGCAUCCCCAGCCCAGAGAUUCCCUCCCCGGCUGUAGCUCCUCUCACAGAUUGGCUUAAUCACGGAAGCGGGUGAAGAAACUGGACCCGGUGCUAAAGGCGCGUGAGAAAUGUCAUUGCUGUGCGUUGGAGUGAAAAAAGGCAAGCUAGAUGGACCCCAAGAAAAAUUCAACACAUAUGUGACACUGAAAGUGCAGAAUGUUAAGAGCACAACGAUCGCAGUGCGCGGCAGUCAGCCGUGCUGGGAGCAGGACUUCAUGUUUGAAAUAAACCGCCUGGAUCUGGGCUUAACGGUGGAGGUGUGGAAUAAAGGGCUGAUCUGGGACACCAUGGUGGGCACCUUAUGGAUCCCUCUGCGCAGCAUACGGCAGUCCAAUGAGGAGGGUCCAGGUCAAUGGCUGACUCUGGACUCAAAUGCGAUCAUGGCAGAGAAUGAGAUUUGUGGAACCAAAGACCCGACCUUUCACCGGCUGCUGCUUGACACCCGCUUUGAACUGCCACUAGACAUUCCAGAAGAAGAAGCCAGAUACUGGGCCAAGAAACUUGAACAACUUAACGCCAUGAGAGAUCAAGAUUAUGCCUAUCAAGAAGAACAGGAGCGACCCCUCCAUGCACCGUCCACGCAGUGCUGUAAUUGGAGCUUGUGGGGGGAUCAGCAAAACGACGACCCAGACAGCGCUGUUGACGACAGGGACAGCGACUACCGCAGCGAGACCAGUAACAGCAUCCCACCUCCGUACUACACCACCUCCCAGCCUAAUGCUUCCAUGCAUCAGUAUCCCAUGAGGCACCAGCAUUACAGACACUCCUACAACGAUGACAUGCAGGACCUGGACUACGACCACAGAGCCAUGAGCCCCACAGACAGUCGUUACGCCUCAUCGGGAGAGUUGAGUCGAGGCAGCUCUCAGCUUAGUGAGGAGUUUGUUCCUGAGGAUGGUGAGAGUUUGAGAGGUUCCGAGUUCUAUGAUGAAAACGACUCCUACCACUCCUGCCACUCCUCCGUCAGCUAUGGCAAAGAGGAUUCACCAGGAUGGGAUGGCGAAGACCCACAAGCUGUAUACAGCGACGAUGGAGGCUACCUCAAAGAUGGAGGAGAGGAGGGUGCGCUGUAUGCUGAAGAAGAGGGCGACAUGUACGAGGAGGAAGGAGACUACAAUUAUGAAGAUGAGGAGGAAAUGCCUUAUGAAGAAGAUGAAGAUAUGUAUCCACUUGACGGCACGCUCAGUGAAGACCUAGAGCCGCCCUACACGCCCACUCCCACAAGCACUGCCCCCACCCUGAUGCCCACCCCUGAUGGACUAUCUGCCACCAGACCACCUCUGGAGAAACAAGCAUCAUUGCAUCAGCAGAAACCAGUGCAGGACCAGCUACAGCCCCCCAGCACAGCCCCCGGUCUACCUCCCAUCACACAGGAGGAAAAGCUGCCCCCUUUCAGCUCAGAAUCCAACAUGCCUCCAUUUGCACCCACAGAACCUGCCCUGCCCACCACCGAUACGUUCCCCUCAGACACUGAACCACAAGUUCCCGAUAGCGAGCUCCUGGAACCUGAACCCAAGUCUGAAGUGCCACGGGAGGAACCCCCACCCCCCGAACAGCCUCCAGCAGAGCCUGGGAGUGUCCCUCCAGCUCCUGAAGAGAAAACAGAGCCACCUGCUCCAAGCUUCCCAAAAAGGGAAAUCAUGGAGCCUGGUCCUGCGAGAGCCAAGGCAAACUGGCUUAGACUUUUCAGCAGAGUACGACUACAACUGCAAGAGGCCAGAGGAGAAAGUGUUGGCAUCGCCUCUUUGCUGUUAUCAGCAGGGAUGGGUGGCGCUCUGUACAGCAUCGACAGCAUGCCAGAUCUCAGGAAGAGGAAAGCAAUGCCUCUGGUCAGAGAUCUGGCUAUGUCUUUGGUUCAGAACUCCAGAAAAGCAGGAAUAACCUCGGCCCUGACGUCCAGCACCCUGCACAAUGAAGAACUGAAGUCUCACGUCUACAAAAAGACCCUCCAGGCCCUCAUAUAUCCAAUCUCCUGCACCACCCCUCACAAUUUUGAGGUGUGGACUGCCACCACGCCCACUUACUGCUACGAGUGUGAGGGUCUGUUGUGGGGUAUCGCUCGGCAGGGCAUGCGCUGUACUGAGUGUGGAGUCAAAUGCCACGAGAAGUGCCAAGAUCUACUCAAUGCUGAUUGUCUGCAAAGAGCUGCAGAGAAGAGCUCCAAACAUGGUGCAGAGGAUCGAACCCAGAACAUCAUCAUGGUUCUCAAGGAUCGCAUGAAGAUCAGAGAGAGGAACAAACCUGAGAUCUUUGAGCUCAUUCAAGAGGUGUUCGGCAUCAUCAAAGCCACCCAUGUCACCCACAUGAAGCAGAUCAAACAGAGCGUGUUGGAUGGCACUUCCAAAUGGUCAGCCAAGAUUUGCAUCACAGUGUUGUGUGCCCAGGGUCUACAAGCCAAGGAUAAAACUGGUUCCAGUGAUCCUUACGUCACCGUUCAGGUGGGAAAGACCAAAAAGAGGACCAAGACCAUUUAUGGAAACCUAAACCCUGUGUGGGAGGAGACAUUCAACUUUGAAUGUCACAAUUCCUCCGACCGCAUCAAGGUGAGAGUGUGGGACGAGGACGACGACAUCAAGUCUCGGGUGAAGCAAAAGUUUAAACGGGAGUCAGAUGACUUCCUGGGUCAAACUAUCAUUGAGGUCCGCACUCUGAGCGGAGAGAUGGACGUCUGGUACAAUCUGGACAAGCGUACUGACAAAUCAGCUGUGUCUGGAGCUAUCCGAAUGCACAUUAACGUAGAGAUUAAAGGAGAGGAGACAGUCGCCCCCUAUCACGUUCAGUACACCUGUUUGCAUGAGAACCUCUUCCACUUUGUGACAGAUGUCCAGAACAAUGGUGUGGUGAAGAUCCCUGAUGCAAAAGGGGAUGAUGCAUGGAAAGUCUACUUUGAGGAAACUCCACAGGAGAUAGUUGAUGAGUUUGCCAUGCGUUAUGGAGUAGAGUCCAUCUACCAAGCCAUGACACACUUUGCCUGCCUGUCGUCUAAGUACAUGUGCCCAGGUGUGCCUGCUGUGAUGAGUACACUUUUAGCCAACAUCAAUGCCUACUAUGCUCACACCACCCAGGCAACGAACAAUGUCUCUGCCUCUGACCGCUUUGCUGCUUCUAACUUUGGGAAAGAGCGAUUUGUCAAGCUUCUAGACCAGCUUCACAACUCCCUGAGGAUUGACCUGUCAAUGUACAGAAAUAACUUCCCUGCCAGCAGUCCCGAGAGGCUGCAGGACCUCAAAUCCACUGUGGACCUCCUCACCAGUAUCACCUUCUUCAGAAUGAAGGUCCAAGAGCUUCAGUCACCACCUAGAGCCAGUCAGGUUGUGAAAGAUUGUGUCAAAGCCUGUCUCAACUCCACCUACGAGUACAUCUUCAAUAACUGCCAUGAGCUGUACAGCCGAGAGUAUCAGACAGACCCGGCCAAACAGGGUGCAGUGCCUCCAGAGGAACAGGGACCAAGCAUCAAGAAUCUGGAUUUUUGGUCCAAACUCAUCACACUUAUCGUUUCUAUCAUUGAGGAGGACAAAAAUUCUUAUACCCCCUGCCUAAACCAAUUUCCCCAGGAGCUCAACGUGGGUAAAAUCAGCGCUGAGGUGAUGUGGAACCUGUUUGCUCAGGAUAUGAAGUAUGCGAUGGAGGAACAUGAAAAAAAUCGUUUAUGCAAGAGUGCCGAUUACAUGAACCUGCACUUCAAAGUCAAGUGGCUUUACAACGAGUACUGCAAAGAUCUGCCCUUCUUCAAGAGCAGAGUGCCUGAAUAUCCUGCGUGGUUUGAGCCGUUUGUCAUUCAGUGGCUGGAUGAAAAUGAGGAAGUGUCUCGAGACUUCUUGCAUGGUGCUUUGGAGAGAGACAAAAAAGAUGGGUUCCAAAUCACAUCAGAACAUGCUCUGUUCUCCUGUUCUGUGGUCGAUGUGUUUUCUCAGCUCAACCAGAGCUUUGAGAUCAUCAGGAAGCUCGAGUGUCCAGAUCCACAGAUCGUAGGACACUACAUGAAGAGAUUUGCCAAGACCAUCAGCAAUGUACUUCUGUCCUAUGCUGAUAUCAUCUCCAAGUGUUUCCCCAAUUAUAUCAAUAUGGAGAAAGUGCCCUGCAUCCUGAUCAACAACAUUCAACAGCUGAGAGUUCAACUGGAAAAGAUGUUUGAAGCAAUGGGAGGGAAAGAUCUGUGUGUGGAGGCAAGCGAUAUCCUCAAAGAUCUGCAGGUUAAACUCAACAAUGUCAUGGAUGAUCUCAGCAGGAUCUUCUCUGUCAGUUUCCAGCCCCACAUAGAGGAGAACGUAAAGCAGAUGGGAGACAUCUUGGCUCAGGUGAAGGGGACCACAACGGUGGGCAAUGCCAGCAGCGUGGCCCAGGAUGCUGACAAUGUCCUGCAGCCCAUCAUGGAGUUCCUGGACAGCAACUUGACUUUGUUUGCUAAGAUUUGUGAGAAGACCGUGCUGAAACGCGUGUUGAAGGAACUGUGGAAGCUGGUGAUGAACACGAUGGAGAAGACCAUUGUUCUGCCACCACUCACAGACCAAACGAUGAUUGGGAGGCUGAAGAGUGCUUCUCACAGUGAUGGCACUCAGCUCAUCUUUAAUGCUGCCAAGGAGCUGGGACAGCUGUCCAAACUGAAGGAGCACAUGGUUCGCGAGGAGGCUAAAGCACUGACACCAAAGCAGUGUGCUGUGAUAGAGCUAGCCCUGGACACCAUCAAGCAAUACUUCCACGCUGGUGGUGUGGGUCUGAAGAAGACUUUCCUGGAGAAGAGUCCUGACCUCCUGUCGCUCCACUACGCCCUGUCGCUGUACACGCAAGCUACAGACAAACUCAUUAGGACCUUUGUCCAGUCUCAGACCACACAAGGCUCUGGGGUUGAUGAUGCUGUUGGAGAGGUGUCCAUCCAUGUUGAGGUUUUCACCCACCCAAAUACUGGAGAGCAUAAGGUCACAGUCAAAGUGGUGGCUGCCAAUGACCUGAGGUGGCAGACGCAAGGAAUAUUCCGGCCUUUUGUGGAGGUCUAUAUCAUCGGCCCACACCUCAGUGACAAGAAGAGGAAGUACGCCACCAAGUCCAAGAACAACAGCUGGGCUCCAAAAUACAACGAGACCUUUACCUUCACCCUGAGUAAUGAGGAGGGGCCCGAGUGCUAUGAGCUGCACGUGUGUGUGAAGGAUUAUUGCUUUGCCAGGGAGGACCGCACUGUUGGUAUGUCUGUCCUGCAGCUGAAGGACGUGGCCUCCAAAGGCAGCGCUGCCUGCUGGCUACCUCUGGGUAAACGCAUCAACAUGGAUGAGACAGGCCUCACUGUCUUGCGUAUCCUCUCUCAGCGCAACAACGAUGAUGUGGCCAAGGAGUUUGUCAAGCUCAAAUCCGACCAGCGUUCCGCUGAGGAGGGCAAAGGCUAAGAGACACAAAAGAAUUAGAAUCAACCUAUCUAAAGCUCAGACAUCGCCAUCUACUGCCCUGGAGCUCCUCUGAGCCACUGCUAGCCACUGCCCUGAUGAUCCAGAGUUGUAAAAGCACAGAUAAGACAACAGCAACACACAUCCACUGCCGUAAAUACAUUGAGUCCGGUGGAAAACAGAUUGCUUAAGAAGUCAACACUAAUUAUGUUUAAAAAGCACCCAUGUCUUUAUUGUUGGAGAUAUCAUCGCUUAUUGUUUUGAUGACAAAUUCACAGAGUUAAAUCAUAGAGCAUUUACCUCUUUUCCUCUAUCUGCAGAGGUUGGUAAUGCUUAUUAUUACACACAUACACAAAAGCACGUCCUGAUUGACAAGUUAGGGUGAGAAACAUCUCGUAGCCUUUAAUAUUUUUCUGUAUUUCUCACUUCUCGCUGCCUUUAUUUUUUCCCCUUUUACGCUUUUCUCUGCUCCUUUUCCUUGACCUGCAAUCACUCAAAGAAAGGCACCACUAGUGCCAACAGAUAAUCCCUGAAAUCUGCCAAGACCAGCCCUAAGCACAACAGGACCAACUGUCAGACAGACCUAUUGAUAAUAACAAAACGGCUGCAAGGCCUGAAACAUUCCAGAUAUCACAAAAAGCAAUAUUUAGUCAUGAAAAAUUAAAUAUUUAUUUUCCGCUUUCUUCCUCCAAAUUAUAUUUAUAUUUAUAAAUCAUAGUAUAUAAUAUAUGAAGGAAGUUAUAUACAGGAUUGUUUGAUGGACGUGUAAUGCUUGAAAGAUUGUCUUUGUCUUUUUUGUCCGUCUACCCAGUAACAGAGCACACUGCCUGACACCCACAAUGCCUUCUGUCUUGUUGACCCUCGUAGAGUUUCUGUCUCCUACACAGCAACUGUAUAGAGAGAUGAAUCUGAUGAAAUCAUGCCUUCGAGCACCGAGAUUCAUCAGACUUUCUAUGUGUGUGAGAUUGGGUAUGUAUUUGUGUGUGCGUGUUUGUACAAUGUUGACCUCAUGUCGCCCGUGUUGCCUGUUACCUGCAAAUGUAAUCACAGGAAGCCAUCACAAGCAGAGAACAUCACACAGAGGGGGAUGUUCCCUCUCAAAUGAGCUCUUUUAAGUGUCUUUUAAUUUGGGGAGGGGGCAUCUUGUAUCUUUUAUGAAUAAUUGAGUCUUACUUUAGUGUAACUCUAAACAUUCCAUGGCUGUGCAGCCCCAUAAUGGUAGAAGAAAAACUU